CAACUGCACCGUACGGGCUAUAAUUUUGCUGACCCACGCAUCACGGAGCUCCCCGGAGGUCAAGAGAAAGCUCCUCGCCCGCUUGUCAUCUUCAAACGCCUCUCGCACUGCUAACUGCUCAUCAAUAGAGAGAACAUCUUCAUACUCCAAGAACGCCGCCACCGCUCUCUCCUGGAGAUCCUCCACUGCUGCUACAGGUGGUGGAGCAACUGCCUGCCUUAUCAGAUGCCUCGAGGCCAUAAUCUCCUUGGAAAUCUCCGCCAUUGAUUCUGCGAUGGUGAGCUUCUUUGAACGCUUCCCCCUUGCAGCCUCUUCCGCACUACGAGCUGACGCUUCUGCUGCCCGUUUUCGCAGGGCAAUCAAUAACGGCCUAGGCGUAGGUGUGACCGGCGGCCUAGGCGUGGCUGACGGGCGUGGUGUUGUUGCAGUAGCAGUAACCGGAGUAGAUAACCGAGAGGACACAGGAGAAACAGGAGAAGGGCGAGAUGAUGAAGUAGACCCUCUUUGUGCUACUGAACUAAAAACUGACGGUGCAGCAGUAGCAGUUCGCGGCAGCUCUGCAUUACCACCGUCCUCCUCGUCAUCUACCUCUUCGGCCGAUGCCUCCUCCUCCUCCUCCUCCUCCUCCUCCUCCACAGCGGCCUCCUCCACAUCGGCCUCCUCCGCAUCGCCGCGCAGGCUCUCACGCGCCUGUUAAGCAGUUUGACUAUACUGCCCUGUUGCUACAAUCCCUUCAAAGA